UAUUAAGUGAUUAAUGUUAUCAAAAUUUUAGUUUGAGUUGUCUCCGCUCCCACACAUGGAAACUGAACUGUGACUCUUGACCGCCCUGCGGACACAACAAAGCAUCUGAUCUAGUAUUUGACACUCCAAAAAUGUCGUUCAGAGAACUUCGAUCGUACACGGAGCUCAUGAAGGCGUUAGGAUAUCCACGGUUGAUAUCUAUGGAGAAUUUUCGGGUGCCAAACUUUGAGCUUGUUGCGGACUGUCUUUAUUGGCUUGUACACAGAUACUACCCUGGAGUGGAGAUAUCUGACGACAUCAGCACGGAGGGGGAACGCGUAAAGUUCCUCCAGUCAGUCGCACAGGUCAUGCUAACCAAAGCACGGAUGAAGUUGAACAUAAAGCGCUUGUACGCUGCGGACGGCAACGCUGUCAAGGAGCUCCUAAAGCUCGCCACGUUGCUGUACAAGGCAACGUCAAAAGCCGGCGAUGCUGAGGAUGACAGCUCCGAGGCGGUGGACCUCACCUCCUCGCUCAAGGGCUUCAACCCCAAGGAGAUCAAGGCCUCCGCCUCCGAGAUCAUCAAGGCGGGGGCGGCGCUGUACGACGCGCUGGGGCAGGAGCCGGAGCUGCGGGAGCACCGUGCGCGCGCCGUGGCGGGUCACGUGGACACGGACUUUGUGGAGCGCAGCAUCCGGGAGGCCAUUGCGAUGGUUGAGGACAACAUCCGCGCGCUGGAGAACCAGAUGGAGGACCUGGAGCGCAACGAGAAGACGCUGGACAACAAGAUCGAAAAGAAGAAGCAGGAGCUGGAGCGGCAGGAGAAGCGGCUGUCCACGCUGCAGUCGGUGCGGCCCGCCUACAUGGACGAGUACGAGCGGUUACAGGGCGAGCUGAACGAGCUGUACCAGAAGUACCUGGACAAGUUCCGCAACCUGGAGUUCCUGGAGAACGAGCUGGAGGCCUACUACCAGGCGGAGCAGGAGAAGAUGGAGGCGCAGGAGCGGCGGCUCAAGAAGAUGCAGAAGCGGCUCAAGGAGGAGGAGCUGCGCAUCCUGCGCGGCGAGCAGGAGGUGGACGAGGCCAACAUGAACUUCGACGACGACGAUGACGACGAGGAGGAUGAGGAGGACCUGACGGAGGAGGGCGGCGACGAGGAGGACGACGCGGACGAUGACGCGGGCGGCGGCUACUCGGGCUCCAAGGGCACCAUGCGACGCGGCGGGCAGCAGGCGGGCCAGGGAGGGGCGGUACGGCAGCAGCCGCGGCAGCAAGGAAACGUCAUGGGUAACCUGGACGGCGACUUUGAGGAUGAGGCGUCAAUCGACGAAGACGAUAACACGGACGGCGGUGACGUGUCUCGGGCGGGCUCCGACUCGGGUGGAGGCUACGGCGGCGGUGCUGGCUACGGCGCUGGUGGCUACGGCUACGACCAAGGGGGCUACAUGAACGGCGCCAUGGACGACGACGACGGCGGGCACUUCAUCCAGGACGAUGAUGACGACGAUAACAACUUCUAGUGAGGAGGUCCUGCUGAAGGCAGGCGCGCCCGGUCACCAGAGACAGUGGUGUGAAUGGCUGGGUAAUGGCUCAGGGUACGGGAAAGGCCUAGUUGGAUGGAAGGCGUACGGCGGGGGAGGAGGUCUUGUUCUCGGCUCUGGCAGGUGUGCAGUAUCUGCGGUUCCUUAGUGGGGCUUUGCAUUGAAGGAGGGGCACGCGGCGGUGCCUAACGGCGUCAGCGUAUCGAACGCUGUUGCUUGCGACCCCUAAAGCGCUAGGGGUUGCCUGGGGGCGUCUGGCCUUCUUCGGCCUUCUGUGCGGGGGGAGGACAGGGGGAGGAAGGGGCAAGGGGCCUUGCUGGGGUGGGCUUGGGGGCCCAUGUGGGGGUCAUUGGGCAGGAGUCGGGCAGGACGCGGUGCAAGAGCCGCGCAGUCCUCUUACCUGGAGCGGGCCAGCAUGACGGUUAGUAGCCUGGCUGUUGGUUGACGUUUUGGACAAAAUAUGUACAUAAGUGAGGACGCUGUGCUUGGUGAGAAUGUCACUGGCGGUCUCGCCUUGUUCCGCUGCAAGGCAAAGACGGCUUAGUCAGUAGGAUGUAAACUAGGCGGGUGUGGGGUGUCGCAUUGCCAGUGCACCACUCCCUGGGUAGCAAAAGCGGGCCCCUGUUAGCGCGAGCGUGUGCGCUGCUAACCCUUGCAUGGGUAGAAGGCGGGAGGAGGCGGGCUGCGAACGUGGUGGGGGGUUGGGGGGGUUGAACAAGUGCAUGCCGCCGUGUGCUGCCGUCAGCAAGUACGGGGCGACGCUUGGACGCUACCAGCAGUCAGGGACAGGUCUCAUGCUGCCACCUGGCUUAGUGAAAACGUAAUAAGCUUUUCAUUUGCGCGCGUGAGAGAGGCUUUGGUACGAUAGGGCUCUAAACCUCUAAUACGGGCGUCGAUGGCUCCACUGGAUACAUUGCGCUUUCGAUUUGGUGCACAGGAUCAGUCACGCCGCCCUGAUCCGUUCUAAUCUAGACGUGGUAGCAGGGGGGCGGCAAUGUUGUAGCGUUGGGCAUGUCAUGACGUAGCUUUGCAGCGCGGACGCGUGCCCAACGUGGUUUGCGGUGUAGACGGUCCUGGAUAAGAGGUUGAAUCCAGCAGGGCCUUGUUGGCUAUUGCGUGGGUGAAAGGAGGCGUCAAUGCGUGGCAAUAAGACAUGCUGCGGCUGCGGUGGUGAUGGCGCGAGACGAGAUGGUGAAGCAGGCGGCGCAAAAUAGCAA